AUGGCUAAACUCUGUAUUCUCUCCAGGAAGUCAUCAGCAGCACUCACCUUCUUCACUUGCCUAUUUCUACUUUCCACCACACUAUCUCGCUCCGCAAGAAUUCUCGACGAAGUUAACUCACCACCAACUACUCUGUUCCCAGCAGACGCACCGGAGUCGGCCACAGAUCCACUCAUACCACCAGCACCAGCUGCCCACACGGUAUCACCACCACCUUCCUCCGCCACCACACCACCACCAAUCUCCUUCUUCAUGCACGACAUCCUCGGUGGCUCACGGCCCUCCGGUCGAGUAGUCACAGGAGUCGUAGCCAACUCGAACGCUAACAAUCUCCCCUUCUCAAAGGCCAACAACCAAAUAUUCCCUAUAAACGGAGGUGUCCCUCUCAACACAAUCAACGGCGCCAUCAACAACAACAACUAUCCAUUCCUAAUCGGCCUCAACGGCAACACCCAACAGCAACAGCAACAACAACAACAACAACAGGCUUUUGUCACGGCUGGCCAGCUCCCGCGCGGCCUCAGCCUCCAGCAGCUCAUGUUCGGCUCCAUCACUGUUGUCGAUAAUGAGAUCACCGAGGGGCACGAGCUGGGUACAGCUGUGCUCGGUCGGGCUCAGGGAUUCUACAUCACUAGCUCGUCUGACGGGACUACACACACGCUCGUGCUGACUGUGCUCUGCCACGGUGGUGAAGUGGACGAUGAUGAUACGGUCAGCUUCUUUGGGGUCCACAGGACGGCUACUCCCAUAUCUCACCUCGCUAUUGUGGGUGGGACCGGCAAAUAUCAGAAUGUAAAGGGCUAUGCUACAAUCGAGACUCUUCCGCAUGAGGACCAGCACACGACUGAUGGGGUGGAGACUAUCACUCAUUUCACACUCUACGUUACUCCAUAG